AUGGAUGAUUCCUUUUGCUUGACCAACGAGUUACCCACUAUUAUGAAUAAGAAUCAGUUAAGCUCAACUAUUAUUGAAAUUCCUCCGUCCAAUGAUGAAGAUCAACAUGAUAAUUUGACAAACGCCACUGUAAUUGUAGAUCAAUUAACGAGCCCCUUAUUAGCAUACACCAAAGAUGCACCCCCGAGUAAACAACAAGGCAUUAUUAAUGCGCAUAGAAAUAGAAUACCUAUUACAAGAUUGCAAACACAGCCGUCUAAUGAGCAGAUUCCUAAAAGCAAUAUUCCUUGCCCUUUUCUCUCGCCGCGGGGCUGGUGUAUUAAGAAGCAAAACUGUGAUUUUAAACACCCACAACAUCUGCACCCAAAAAAGCCAUGGGAUAAUAUGCCUAAAUACAGAAUACGUUGUCCCUUUCUACAAAGGAGAGGGUUUUGCUUGAAAGGAGACCAAUGCGAUUUUUCACAUAGUGAUACCUCAAAUAUUCCGUCGACUCAAAGGCCUAACAUGAACUAUCCUAGUCCUUUUUUAUCCCAGCAGCAAAGGAAAAUGACCCCAAAUUACAACUGGCAAGUCCCCCCAAACUACCCCAUGAUACCAUGGUCAAACUACCCGUGGCCAAAACCUUUAAUGGACAUCCCAAUAUAUUCACCUCGUGUAGUACAUCAACCAACCUACCCCCUUCGCCUACGACCCUUCGUUUAUUGAGUCACGAGACCUCCCCCCUACGCACAUUUAGAAAUUUAAUAACUGUUCCACUCACCAAACAUACAACAAAUACGAAUAAGAGUCAAGUGAAACCCAACGAUAAUUCUCAAUUUGUUCCAACACUAUUACUUUCGAAUACAAUGUCAUUGACCCCCAAAACUGAUGAAAUAGCGUUUACUAUACAACAGAAAGAUAUUCAAGUAGGCUUCUUUACUGAAACAUGGUUGAAAGAUUCAAUCGCAGAUGACCCAAUUGCUAUUUCUGGUUAUCAACUAUUUAGAUUAGAUCGCAAAAAUAAGCAGCAUGGCGGUGUGUGCUUGUAUGUGAAGAACACUAUUGAGAGUAAAACUUUGUCCAUACUACAUAAGGAGGAUUAUGAAGUUCUGUGGUGCAUACUACGACCAAAACGUUUACCUCGAGGUUUUUCAAAUACUAUUGCAGGUGUGCUUUAUCACCCGCCAGGGGCGAAUAACACAGCAAUGAAGGAACACCUUAAAUCAUCACUGGAAAUAAUUGAAACACAUUAUCCAAACAGUGGCAUAGUUCUGGCUGGUGAUUUCAACCAACUCGAUUCUAAAUCAACGGCGAAACUUUUUAACUUAAAACCUGCUAUAUCAAAUCUUAAAGGUGAUCUACAGUCCGUAUGUAAACAAAGCCUUUGUUUACAUUUUUGUGUCCAAAAUAUUGAACUUUAUUCGACAACUAUUUAUAUUUUCAAGCUUCUAGAGUAUAAUAAAUGAUCAAGAAACAACAAUCCGGCUUUUCAAGAACUCAAAACAUAGUUAAACUGUUUGUAUCAUAAAAAGUGGGCUAAUUUGUGCACAUGCGCAGAUCGGACUGUAGAUCACCUUUAAAAACUUUUAUAAUUCAGCAGAAAGUGGUCCACCGUUUGGUUUAUCUGACCAUGUCACGAUCACUAUGAUUCCAGCAAAACGUGUCAAUUUACGACCCCAAAAAACGACUAUAAAAGUACGGGAUAAAAGACCAAGCAAUGUUGCAAGCCUUGGGCGUUUCCUGUUAAAUAUCUCGUGGGAAAAUAUAUUGUCACCUCUGCGAUCUUCUGAUGAUAAACUAACAACAUUUACAGAAAUAAUAAAUUAUGGUUUAAAUACCAUAAUGCCAGAAAGAUCAAUUAAAGUAAACCCAAAUGAUCGUCCGUGGAUGACUAGCCAUUUGAAACGCCUUAUUUUACAAAGACAAAAAGCAUUUGCCGUAGGUAACAAUUUCGUGUUUAAAUUGCUGCGAAACAAAGUAAAUCGGGAAAGAAAACGUUGUCGUAAAGUAUACUAUAAGAAAAAAGUUAGCAACCUCCUGGAUUCGAAACCUAAAGACUGGUGGCGAGAGGUAAAACAGCUCUGUGGUCAGGAAUCAACACGGCCAGACCUCAGAUCCAUGAUUAAAUUUGACGUUGAGGACAGUGAUGAAGAUUUAGGAAAUAGGAUUAACGAGGCCUUUAUCAGUGUCAUGAAAGUUUUCCCCCCGCUGCCUGAAGAUUUUAACCUAUCGACUGACAAUGAUGAACCAAUUAGCGUCUCAGAAACAACAGUGGAGCGGCUACUACGUGCAAUCAGUGUUUCCAAAGCUAGCGGUCGUGAUGAACUCCCCAAUUGGGUUCUAAAGAGCUUUUCUGACAUUCUGGCACCUGCAAUUACUGAUUUAUUUAAUGCAUCCUUCCGUGAAUGCAAGGUGCCGAGGGUAUGGAAAAUAGCAGAUGUGCCACCUGUUCCUAAAGCCAAAAACAUUACUGAUUUUAACAAGGACUUGAGGCCAAUAUCCUUAACUUCAACAUUGUCAAAAAUUGCAGAAAACCUCAUCAUCGAGUAUGAAUUAAAAUCUAAACUACUAACAAAGAUGGACCCAAUGCAAUUUGGCUUUAUCCCAGGAUCAAACACGACUCUUGCGCUUAUUUCAAUGAUGCAUACCUGGCUAGAUGCACUUGAUGGGACGGGCUCUACAGUAAGAGUCGCUCUACUUGAUUAUCGCAAAGCCUUCGACCUAGUCGACCACAAUCUACUUGUUGCAAAACUAUCGAAUUAUGAAAUAAAGCCAACGGUUGUAAAUUGGAUAGCCGACUUUCUUCGUGGUCGAACUCAGAGAGUUAAAAUAA